AAGUAGCCACAUUACAGCCAACUAACACGAAGUGCACUCGUUCUGCACAUUUCGUUCUCCAGAGGGGAGCUUGACUUCCAGCGUCAGGGACAACAGGAUGCAGUCGGUAGGUGUGGCCCUGGAGGAGCUGCUGGUUACGGCACAGAAACAAGAGUGCCUGACGGUCGGCAUCUACGAGUCAGCUCAACUUCUCAACAAGGACCCGGACAGCGUGGUCCUGUGCGUGCUGGCCGCCGACGGCGACGAGGCGGAUGUGGCUCUUCAGAUCCACUUCACGCUGCUGAAGUCGUUCUGCUGCGACAGCGGCAUCACCAUCCUGCGCGUAUCCGGCGUGCCGCGACUCCGCCGGCUGCUCGGCGGCACCGACCGGAACGGAGACAUUCACUGCAUGCUAGUCACGAACCCCCAGGCCGACCACUGCCGACUGCAGGAAGUUGGCAUCUACUGCCAGGAGAGCCUGCGCGUGGACCAGUGGGUACCUGAGCUGGCCCUGCAGGAGCGUUGAAACCAAACACAAACAAAAGUGGAUGUUUGCUCCCAGUUGAACUUUCAACAGCUGUGAAAAGGGCAACUGCAUCCUCCUCCCACGUAAACGAAUAAAAUGAGGCUGGAACUCAGGACACAUGACAAAGCUGGACUCCGGGAAAUCGGUUUAUGGAGGAGCCCGGCGCAGGGCAGCGCAGCCCAGCGUGUAUUUCGAAGAAUGAGACAGCAACGUGGCAAAGGUGAAAGAAACUAUGCAUGGCAUUCCCAUGGUUUGCAUUGACGCACGCAAAAACUUGAAUUGUUUUUCUAUUUAUGUCUGUGCUUUAACAUCCAUGAGUGUUCAGUCGAAAUGUACUGUAUGUGUUGGCUGCCUGUGGUUAUUUAACUUCAUUAAAUUAUUUUUUUUCAUGUCA